UAGGAUAGUGUUCCCAAUGUCAUUGAAAGGCCCUAUAAAGAAUUCCGUUUUUAUUACGUAAAAUAUUUGGUAAGAGUGUAGAUUUUCAUAAUAUAACUUGUAAACAAUAUUGCAAGGAUACAGAUAUUUGGGGCAGGUAGAAAAUGAAACCUUGAGAGGAACAGGGUCUGCUAUCGUAUGGUCAUUUGAAGUGAUAAUUGGAAGCGAUGUUAUUGUUUUUAUAGUGUAAGGAGGAAGAAUAUUACAGGGGAACUUGAUUAACUUGGCGUUUCCUGGAUCCAAUCUUAACUGACAUAUUUAAAUGUGUUUAUAGUUUUCAAAAAUUAUCAGCGAAGGGCAUUGUCGAGCAUUCAUUCAUUUAUUCCUCAUUCACUCUAGACUGUACAUCGUACCCGUAUUUAUGAUAUAAAUUUAAUUCAUGCGAGCGAGUGGUACAGGGGACUAUACCUUAUAUUAAGGUCUUCCGUCUCGGCUUGAUUACAGGAUGAGAACUUGGUGGUUCACCUAUCUGACGUUUGUUGCUCUGCACGGAAUCUUUCUCCACGUGGCCCAAUGUCGUAAGAAGCGUCAGAGGGCCCAGACCCCCGUGAGGUGUGAGGCGGGCUCUCACACGUUCUAUCACCAUCAGGCGGGGGCGUGCCUUCAAUGUGACACGUGCACAGAGGGGUACUCCCUAGUCCCCGAACAGGAGUUUAGUCUAAAAAUGGACCAAGAGCACGGAGUAACCAAUUGCUUGCCAUGCAGAAUAUGCGAACCAGGAACGUUUAACGACAAACGAACUUUUGACUCUAACUGUAGAACUUGCAGGAACUGUACUGCUUUAGGGAGAGUCGAGGAAAGCCAUUGUACACAUAAAGCCGAUGCCGUAUGUGGAGACGUCAUCGAGUUUUCGAUUAUGCAAGAACUGCAAGCAUCAGCAAAGGAAGUAAAAACAAAUACAUAUCAAGACCCAUCAUCUCAGAAUGUAGUUCUUGUUACAUCACUUAUUCUUCUGACGUUUUUCACCCUCAUCACCACCGCCUUUGUGUUCCUACGCCGUGCCUACAGGCGCGCCUCCAUGCGACAAAGCAUUGAGGACGCGAAAAAGAAAAGUGAAGACGAGGAGUCUCUUCAAUGUCUUAACAACUAUCAACCAAAGAACUCUCAGCCAUCAACUUCACCUGAGUCCACAGUACUCGAUAUACAUGUACCAACAGAAAACGAAGAGACGCGUCCAAAGGAGAAAGCGCACAAUACAGGACCGAGUGCUCCACAGAACACUAUAAACAAUGAACCGAGGGGAAGAGUGCCAUCAUUGCACCUUAACUCCGAGUGUACCUCCGUAAAGACCCCCAAAUCAUCCAACAGUAGCUCCUGGAACCUGGGAGCGUCCGAUUUCCUGUCAGCGACGCCCGGGGGUGCGCAGUUCACCAUCGGGUACACGAAUCUCGCCCUCUCACGUUCACUCACCUGCCCGGCCAGCGACAGGUGUUCUGUACCUGGCGAUGAGGACGAAUCCCUGGAAAUGUUAUCUCAAUUUUCAUAUGUUUUAGAUUAAAAUAUUAGGCACCAUAUAUUUAGAAUUUAUUUAAGAACACAAGAGUGAUAUUAUUUAUAUGUAUAUGUAUGCAUAGUUUAUAUGGUUCUAUUUUACCUGUAUUUACAACAGGUCACAUAAAUCAGGAUAUAAUCUUGUAUGUAGUUUAUUAUACAGGCACGUAGCAUCGUUUUUGAAAGUGGGGGGGCCAGACUCAUCCAAAAAUCUUG